GUUUACCUUGAAAAAUUCGGGGCAGAUGCGACGAUCAUGGGUUUGCUUUUCUCCGUGAUUUCUUUCUGGAGUCCGCUCACCGAAUGCCUGGUGGGGCACUUGCAGGACCGCGAGGUGCUGAAGCGCUGUUUCCCAGUGGAGCGAUGGGGUCGCCGAGCUCUUUCUUUGGCCACGCAUUGCGUCAUAGCAGCGGUGGCUGCCAGUGCUGUGUACAUGCCACCCAGUAACGCCACAGGUCCGUUGGAGGUCUGGUUCGUGCUCGUGCUCAUGCUGUCCUACUGGGGAGCUUCUUCCUGCGUCAUCGCCUUCGAAGCAGCCCGUCAGGUUUUUGGCGGAGAGCUCCCACAUUACACGCAGCUGAUGCAGGACGAGGCUUCAAAGUUAGGUGCGAAUGCCGUGAUCAGCCUGCGCCUUUCGUCCACCAACAUCGCCGUGAACACGCCUGGUCCGAGGUGA